GUCAAUGCCCAGAAAUGCUGUAGCCUGUGAACGACGUGUCUAAUUAUCAGAUAAUUACGGAGACAUGUGCACAUGGGUCCUCCGAGCCUAUGAUAUAGCUGAGAGCUUCAACAUUUGCAUGUAGGGGGUCACUCUUUCCUUGUUGUCUGCUAAUGUUAUCCUACUCCGCUCGACUAGUAGUCGCGGGGUCGGUUUUGCAUGCCGUUGCUAUACUCUGCACCGUCUUCAGGCUUGUUUACAGGGUUUGGAUGCGUCAAUUGUGGUGGGAAGAUGCAUGGGCAGCAUUUGCACUGUUCUCAGACGUUGUCUGCCUGGUAUGGAUCUGGGCUCAAGCCUCGAUAGAUUUCCCUGACUGGGCCUUCUCAGCGGCUUUCACCUCCGUCUCGUGGGCUGCACGCAUGAGCAUCAUUUUCUCCAUCAUCCGAGUCGCCAAUCGCUCAGGUUACAAGACCCACAAGCGGAUCACAUAUCUCAUCGCCGUAUCCUUCGCGUGCAUGUGGGCCGCGCUGCUCGCGCAAAAGAUGAGCAUGUGCAUCUACGCGUGUCAGAUGACCCACUCAGUGGCGGUCUCGCAACUAAUUACGGAAGCCGUUGCGGAUAUUUCUCUGAUCGUUGUGCCGCUGCAGUUCUGGAAAAAUGCAGGACUCUCACGUACCGGAAGAAUCUUGAUACUCUCCACAUUCGGCGCAUCGCUUCUAAUCACCGUCAUCACAAUCCCCCAGUCGAUAAUGCUCUUUCGAUCUGCCACAGAAACCACACUGUUCUUCGCGCAUGUCAAGACCACCCUCAGUCUCGUGAUCUGCAACCUCCUGGUGAUCGUUACCUUCGCAUACCGCGUCUGCUGGAAGGAGACACUUGAUCCCGACCAGUCAUUCGCAUCUCCUGGAAUAUUCUCUAGCGUCAUCGUGGCACAAUUCCCCUUCAACACGAUCUCCCUGACGUCACCCUCUGUACAAGAGGAGACAGCUCGAGAUAAAUAACAACGGCGCUCAUUGUGCAGGAGAUGAUCGAUGCAAGCUUAGAGGGCCAUAGCACUGAAUAAUGGAAAGCAACAUUGGGUAAUGGCAGGCAGCGAUCGAUGCGAGGGAAG